AUGAGCUUUGGGAGGAAGAAAUGGACUACUACAACAGUGAUGCUACAAGAAUCGGAGCAAACCGUUGCAACCGGAGAUGAGAGCUGGGUUCAGGGUCACCGCCCCCAGACGCCCGGUGUUAAACAGUGCUUGGUCUUGAAAGCGGCCAUUCGAAGGGCGAAACGGCGCUACGUUCAGAAUCCCGUCCGCAAAGCUUCCGAAGAACUUCCAUGA